AUGUUGACGAGGCACGGGAAAUCCCAUGGCUUCGUCGUCGUAGCCUCUCUCCUCGGCCUUGCGGGUGUCGUUGGCGCUUCGCCAUGCGACCCUGCUACCUUUUCCUUCCCUUCUUCCAUCCUCGGCGCAGAGCACGUGCGAACUACGGCUGCGGUGGUGAGAAACUACACCGGCCUCGGCCGCUUCCGGCCAGACCCGACUGUGGUCAUACCGCCGGAGGGCGUAAACCCGUUUUGCAAUGUCACGGUGUCUUACACGCAUCCCGGGCACGACGACACGGUCAACGUCCACGUCUGGCUGCCGCUCGACAAGGGUGAGUGGAACGAGCGGUUCAUGGGUACGGGCGGAGGAGGCUUUGCCGCCGGCGACGUCGACGGCGACUACCCUUCCAAGGCGGUCCAGGCCGGGUACGUCGCCGCGGCCACCGACGCCGGACAUCUGGUGACUGAGGGCGUGGACUCGUGGAGCCUGAAGGCGCCGGGGAACGUCAACUGGCCGCUGUUGUUCAACUUUGCGUACCGGUCGCUUCACGAGCUUGCUGUUGUCGGGAAGCACGUUACUCGGGAGUAUUACGGCCAGGAGGCCAAGUUCAGUUAUUGGAGGGGUUGCUCGACGGGCGGGAGACAGGGGCUGGCCGUUGCGCAGAGGUAUCCGGGGGAUUUCGACGGCGUUCUGUCCAUGUGUCCUGCCGUUGAUCUGCCUGCGCUCAGCGCCGUGUUGUAUUACCCGCAGAUGGUUAUGAACGAGGCCAAGUGGUGGCCUGAGAAGUGCGAGUUGGAGGCUGUGGUCGAGGCUGCCGUUGAAGCGUGCGAUGGGACUGAUGGGAGAAAAGACGGCAUCAUUGGGAGGCUGAGUAAGUGUGAGUUUGAAGUUGAGAAGGUCUUGGGGAGGAAGUUUAAGUGUGAGGGCCGGGAGAGCAGAGUCCACGAGAAGACUGUUGAGGUCGUCAAAAAGGUGAUGAGGGGGUUGGAGGAUGAGGAGGGAAAGGUGAUGUUUCCGGGUUACGUGCCCGGUGCGCCUUUCACGGGCAUGUUUGCGCUGAUGAACUCUGUCUGUGAAGGGGAAGAUCGAGGGAAGUGCAAGGGGAUCCCGUUUAAUGUCGGCGAAGCGUGGAUUCGGUUGUUCGUCUUCAAGGAUCCGACGUUCGACCCGACGUCGGUUACUCUGCAGCAAUUCCGUGACGCCUUCCGCCUGGGUGUGGAACAGUACGAUUCUAUCCUCGCGAGUUCUCACGACCUUAGAGGGUUCAAGAACCGCGGGGGCAAGCUGUUGAUGUGGCAUGGCGUCGCGGACCAAGUUGUUACCGUGCUGGCGGGGAGGAACUUUUACGAGCGGGCCAAGAAGCUUGACAGGGAGAGAGGGGUGGUGACUAAGGAUUACUGGAGAUACUUCGAGGUGCCAGGGGUGAAUCACUGUUCCUCGAUGACUGGCGCUCCGUUUCCGUGGGAUGCGAUGGAUAAUUUGAGGAAGUGGGUGGAAGAAGGGGUUGCGCCCGAGGUGUUGCAUGCUCGUAAAGUUGAGGACAAGGACGGGAAGAAGACGCUCGGUGAGGAGUCCAGGACCAUCUGCCUGUGGCCUGAGGAGGGUGUUUGGGAUGGAAAGGGGUGGAAGUGUGUUCCGCCUGGAGAUAAGGUCGCUGUUGAGACGGGGCAUGGUGAGCUUUGA